AUGAGUACUAAUACACUUGUUAAUGAAAAUUUAAAUAAUAAUAAUUCAACAUUAAUUAAUGAUGGUCCUAUAGCUCAUCUUGAUCAUAUGUUAAAUAGUCUUCAUGAUGAACAACAAUCAACACGAAUACAAUCAAAUGUAUCAAUUGAUUCAUUUGAUAAUAAAUCACAUCGAAUGAAUCAUCGUUCAACACCACGAACAACAAUAACAGAUGGAAAAAUUGUUGAAUGUUCAUCAGAAAAUGCAAUUGUUUAUCGAUAUUAUACAGGAGAAUCAAGUUCGGUUAUUGAUGAACAUUUUGAUAAAGCACUUAAACAACCAAUUUCAUUUAAUUCAACAAGAACAAUUCCAACACGAGAUCCUCGAACAUCAUCUUAUGGUUAUUCAAGCAUGAUGAGUCCAUCAAGUACUUUCUGGCCUAAUUUUAUGGCAUCACCAACUUCGUAUCCACAUCCAACUUAUCUUCCAACAUCACAAAAUGAAUAUACUGAUUGGAUGCAUCAUCAUCAUACGUAUCGUUUACCGUAUUCAACAAAUCCAACAGCAACAACACCAUCUUCAUCAUGUUCAUCAAAUAUGUCAAGCAAUCAUUUACAUCCAAUUGGAUCACCCAAUAAUACAAAUAAUAAUAAUAAUAAUAACAAUACAGGACGUUAUCAUCAUCAUACACCACCCGAUAUGGAUGUUGUUACAGCAGCAGCUAUUGGAGCUGCAGCCGCUGCACAAAUGUUUCAUAAUGAAAAACAAUCUCAUCAUGGUUAUACACCAACAUCUCAUCAUUUUGAUUAUCAUCUUGGUGGAUCAAUGAUGGCUACAGCAUCCUAUGCAUUUCCUACUCAAAGUUUUGAUUUAAUGGGUACAAAUACAUCAUCAAUGGGUUUAGAAAAUCCAAAUAUUAAAGAUUCAACAGCAUCACCACCUUGGUAUUCAAAUCAUCAUUUGUCUUGUUAA